AUGGGAGCCCAAUUGUCCAAGGGUGGAGUAGCUGUUGAGGGGAAAGCCGCCGCCGACCCUGCUGCUGCCAAAGCCAACGGCCAGGAGAACGGCCACGUCAAAACCAACGGCGAUGUGUCGGCCAAACCCGACGGGGAGGCGGCCGCCGCGGACGGGAACGGAACCGCCGAGCCGGCCAAGGAGGGCGAAGCCAGCGCCGGGGACGCCAUCGAGCCCGCUCCCGCAGCCGAGGGCGAGGCGGUCAAGGCGGAGGGCGAGGCCCCCAAGGACGGCAAGAAGAAGAAGAAUGACCCAAGAACGCACACGAGCCAGUGCCGACACCUGGACAAAACUAGGCCAAACCCCCACCAAUUGGCCUUAGUUCACCCAAAACAAGCAGAGCUGGAAUAUCACUCUUGGGCGUGGACAGCCUUGAAGAGGACGAGUGCGCUUCACCCUCCACGCAGGGCUGCCCUGUCGUUUGAAACAGCUCACGUAGAAAUACCAAAGAAGUUGGUGGAGGUGAAUAAGAACACUGUUAAGCAGUGGUACAAGGGCAGAGCAGAUGACGAGCUGGUUUUACAGGGCAUUAACAUGCUCAGUCGGUUUCCUGAGGCGGCUGAGGCACUGAGGCACUGA